AGAUCAGAUAUUGAAGCCAUGUAAUGGAGCUUAUCAAAAGGAAAACUAAACUAAACGAAAAACAUGGUUAAUUGCUAAACAAUGAAUAGAAACCUACAAACAAAAAAGAGAAGCGAUAAUAAAAAAAAACAACAAAACAUCAAAGCAUAAAAACUAAGUGAGGGAAAAAACUCAAACUGCAGCAGUAGCUAAAGCAGGCAGCUGUAGAAGAAGAAUACAAACAAGGACAAGGCAAUAACAAGAUAGAGAAGACGAAGAAAAACUUAAAACAUGUUACAACCAACAUCAUGUGGCCCAGGGCCACCGGAUAAAACAUUUGAAUUUAAUAACAAUAAAAAUAAUAAAAACGAAAUGAAGCUGAAACGUAAAAACGAACAGCUAAAACAAGACCAAGAAGUGGUGGUGGUAAAAAAAUAUCAAAAAGAAAAUGAUAAUAAUAAAAAUGGAAGUGGAAAUGAAAACUAUCAAAGUAGAGAGAAAUGUGUAGUGAUUGGCGAGUAUGAUAAUGAUUAUGUUUAUGUUGGCAGCCAUGUUAAUGAUGAUGACAAUGAUUAUGAAAUAAGAAUGAAAAGCAAUGAGCGACAACAAACACAAACUAUAAAAUUCAACACGAACAACAACAACAGUAACUGCCAUUUAAAAAACAUGAAAUUAUAUUUAAAUAAAACUACAGCAAUAACAAAUACAACAACAACAGCUAAAACAACUAUUGCUGAACUAAACCAAAACUCUACUUUUAGCAGAGCAGCAGAUUCAAACAAUUGUGCUCAUGCUGCUCAAACCUCAAUUUUAGCUGCAACAACAAAAUUUGUUACUCCUACUACUACUAACAACAACAGCACCACCAGCAACAACUACUCAACAACAAUUUGUUCCAGUACUCGACAUACUCGUACUGAUGCUAAACCAACAGCAACUACAACAUUAUCACAACCAAUAACUGUAGCAACAGUAGCCGUAGCAAAUGUUGCCAACAACUUGAAUAAGUUUUAUUGUAACUUUACAACAACAACAAUAACAUCAGCAACUACUAAAACUUCUAUAAAAUGGAUUUUAAUGUUUCUAAUGCUUUUUAACAUUUUGGCACAAACACCGCAUCAAGUGGCAGCUGAAAAGAGCAAACACU